AUGUCGCAGUCUACCGACGUCGAGCACGUCGAGCGCGACGCUCACUGGGAUGCCAGUCGAGUCGAGGAAAAGCACCUCUCUGGCGAGAAACAAAUCGGUGUGCUUGCCGCUGAAGCUGGUCGAAGUGUAGCUGACUGGACCCUUUGGGUCGGCAUCUUGGGCAUUGCCCUCGUCGCCUAUAUCGCUGGUCUCGACAAUAACACCAUGUACGCUUGGCAGACCUCUGCUACGACCGAGUUCAACGACUAUGGUGCUUACACCUCAGUCACUGUCGUUCAGGCUGUUCUCAUCGCUGUCGGCAAGUUCCCUAUCGCCAAGCUCGCAGAUGUCUUCGGUCGCGCUCAGGCCUACUUGAUCUCUCUUGUUUUCUGGAUCAUCGGUUUUAUCAUCGUUGCUGUUUCCCAAACCACUCGCGAUCUCGCUGGUGGAACUGUGCUUUAUGCCAUCGGUAACACUGGCGUGCAGAUCAUGCAGCAGAUUGUUCUUGCCGACUACAUCUCUACCAAGUGGCGAGGCGUUUCCAUCGGUCUCGUCAGUUUGCCUUACGUGAUCAACUUUGCCGUCGCACCAAAGAUCACAGCCAAGCUCCAGGCUGCUAACUGGCGCUGGGGUCCCGGUUUCUUCAGCAUCUGCGCCCCCGUUGCUGCCAUCUCGAUCAUCCUCGCUCUCGCCAUCAACCAGAGGAGGGCAAAGGCUAAAGGUCUCAUCCCCGUCCACCCCUACAAGUCCAUGUCUUUUAUGACGGCCGUUGGCACUUUCUUGGUUGAUAUCGACGCUCUUGGUCUCUUUCUCAUUUGCGGUGGUUUCCUCAUGUUCCUCCUGCCCCUCAACCUGGCCAAGCUGCAGACAAACGGCUGGCAGACUGGCUGGAUCAUUGCCAUGCUCGUACUUGGUGGUCUUAUGAUCAUCGCCUUCUGCGUAUGGGAGAUCUUUGCCCCCAAGCCUAUCCUCAACAGGCGAUGGAGGCUUAACAAGGAGGUCCACUUUGCCACUGCUAUUGGCUUCUUUGACUUCUUCAGCUUCUAUUCCUCAUGGGUCCCUGCCUAUGUUUGGAGUAUGAUUGUCAUGGACUACGGUUCCGAAGAUGCUCUCUACUUUUCAAACACACAGUCUCUUUGCCUUACCGUUUUCGGUAUUGCGGCCGGUUUCAUCUCGCUCGGCGCCAAGAACUACAAGUGGGUCCUUGUUGCUGGUGCUGCUAUUCGAAUGCUUGGUAUCGGACUCAUGUUCAAGUACCGUGCAGCUGGAUCUAGCAACGUUCAGGCUGUCUUCCCUCAGGUUCUUCAGGGUCUUGGUGGUGGUUUCCUCGGCAUCACCCUUCAGGUCGCUGCUCAGGUUAGCGUUCGACACCAGGACGUCGCCACAGUUACCGCUUACUUCCUCCUGCUUACCGAGAUUGGAGGUGCCUGUGGUAACGCCGUCGUCGGUGCAGUUCAGACCAACACUUUCCCUCGUUACUUGGACAAGCACCUUCCCAUGCUUGACGCUGCUACUCGAGGCAAAAUCUUUGCCAGUCCCUUUUCUUACGCCAAUGUCUAUCCCAUGGGUUCCCCUGAAAGGAUCGGACUGAUCAACGCCUACAACGACUACAUGCACAUCCUUCUGAUUGUUGCUAUCCUCUUGUCCGUCCCACCUCUUGUCAUCGGCCUCUUCAUCAAGGAUCGCAAACUCAACGACAAACAGAACUGCGUCAGCGACGAACUUGCUGGCAUGAGACGCCUGUCCGCAGACACCCAAGAAUCCUCUGCAGGCUCGAUCGACAAGCAGUAA